GGUCCUCCGUUUAGCGCCAGUUUGGAUUUUCUCCCUCGCUCUGAGUGCAGGUUGUGAAUGGAUAGAUAGGUUAAAUGUGUCAUUCUUAUGAAAUAUAACUGAAAGUAUGCUACGCAGGAACGUGUAGUGUCAAUUACUGGAAAAUAAGUACUAUAUUAAGAGUACGGACGUGGUUGUAAAGUUCUUCAAAGUUGUACUCGAGCUAGCAAAGGUCCCAAAACCGUACCGCUGGGGUGCAAGGUCACCAGGUCAUCUGAAAUCAGCCCCACCAUUAACACCUCUAAAUGGACAGUGAGGAUGAUUUUGAGGUUUUGGCGGCCCUGCUGGCUGAGAGCGAGGGUGUUGGAGAAGAUCAGGACGGUCAGGAGCAGGCAGACGACUUGGACGGACUGUUUGAUGGUGACAACGACGAGGAGGAAGAGUACAAAGAGGGCGACGAGGAAGAAGAGCGAGAUGUGGAGACAGAGGACAUAGUGUUAGAUCUCUUUGGAGAUGUGGAUGACAUCGAAAAUGAGGAGAAAGACACUAAAGGAAAAGCGGGUGGAGGAGACGCCAGCGAGAGCCUGAACAGGUCCAAGGACGAUUUACAAGAGGAGCUGAAGAGGAUGCAGGAGCAGAUGAAGAGACUGCAGCAGCAGCUGGAGGCAAGUCAGAAGGUUUCCACCCCAUCAUCUACUCCAGUCAGGACUGCAGGGAGCUCAGCUGGUCCCAAACCAGUGACCCCAAAACCAAGAACUCCCCGACAGCUGACCUCCAAAAUGACUCAGGACAAACCAGCAGCUACCACACAGAAGACCAAGACACAAACAGUGACAUCUUCAUCCACUCCAGCCAGAGGAGGAAGCAUGAAGCUCCAGGAGUCCUCUGACUUUUCAGACCAGCUGAACAACGCUGACUCCUUCAAACGUAAACCCAGGGUAUCUCACCAAGCCAAACCCAGCACAUCACCAGGAGACAGGGGGCCACUGGUGGAGAUAAAGAUGGGCAGCUCCUUUCAGCCAGUAGAGAGCACCAGCAAAGUCUCCAAUCCUCUGCGAUCACCUCCAGCCUCCGACACCAGACCUGCAGCCCAGCCUAAACCUUCCUCUCUCCCUCCUGUCCCUAAAGACGUGGCUGUUGAGAAAUACUCAGGGCUGCGGCUCAGAAAACCGCGGGUUUCCUCCAGUGACAUGGACCGUAAGAUGGCUGACCGCCGUCUGAUCCGACUGUCACAGGUGCCGGAGCGAUUGGCUCGGGAGAAACUGGAGGACAGUGAUUGGGUGACGUUUGGUGUGUUAGUCAACAAGGCCACUCCACAGAGCAGCAGCAGUGGCAAAACCUUCAGCAUCUGGAAGAUGAAUGACCUCCAUAAUCUGGAAGUGUUUGUAUCUCUCUUGCUGUUUGGUGAAGUCCACAAAGAGCACUGGAAAACGGAGCCGGGCACCGUGAUCGGACUCCUCAACCCAAACCCCAUGAAGCAGAAGGAUGGAUAUGACGGGGUCAGCCUGACGGUGGAUCACCCACAGAAGGUGCUGCUGAUGGGUGAAGCCCAGGACUACGGCACCUGCAAGGCCAUGAAGAAGAACGGAGACCCCUGCUCUCAGAUUGUCAACAUGUACGAGUGCCAGUACUGCCAGUAUCACGUCAAGGCCCAGUAUAAGAAGAUGAGCUCAAAGAGGGCUGAGCUGCAGUCGUCGUUCUCUGGAAAAGCUCCAAACAAGGUGAAAGGGAAGGGCGGCAGCCUGAGAGAGCGGCUGUGUCAGGACGGCUUCUACUACGGCGGCGUUUCCUCAGCUGCCUGCGCUGCGUCACUAACGGCGUCCAAACCGAACAAACCCGUCCAGAAAACUCUGGACAAGCUGUUUGUGAAGGGCUCGGCUCAGCUCAUGGAUCAGGCCAAGAGGCUCGCCAUGCAGUCUGGUGAAGUUUCAGGUUGUUCAAGCGAAUUCAAGAGCCUAUUGUCGAUGCCAACACCUGGAGCUCUGCAGCUGAAGAAGCACUUAGCACAGGGCAGCCAAUCAGUCUCCAAAGAUGUGACUGGAGCUUCAGUUCAGUCCAUCUCAGCCUCAGACCUGCUGAAGCAGCAGAAACAGAGGCAGCGGGAGCUUCUGGAGAACCGUCGACGUAGAGCUGAUGAGAUCCAGAAAAGGGUGCUGCAGAACUCAGCAGGGGCCAGACCUGGGUCGUCGUCCAUGCUGGGCCGAGAGGGUCUGAUGUCCCCGAAAGCAGCGUCUGAGGUCCCCAAAUCCUCCCAAAGCCCCUUAGCACCCCACACGCCCACUCUGGGCCGAGGGUUCUCCGAGGGUGACGACAUCCUCUUUUUCGAUAACAGCCCGCCUCCAGCUCCUGCUCCCAGUGCUCUCAGCCUGUCAGCUGCCAAGCUGGCUGCUCUGAAAAAACUGAGAGCUAAAGGGGCGGGACUUGAGAAAGAGGACCCCAAUGCUGUGAAGAGGAAAAGGGGUAACAGCAGUGAGAUCAACACCCGGGUGGAGAAGAAUCUGACCUCACCCAAUGGUGAAUCGUCCAGUAAUGAGGAUGACGAGCCAGCCCAGAAGAAGAAGCGAGAUCACCUCCGCUACAUUCAGUCAGAGGAGUUCCAAAAGAUCCUCAACGCCAAAUCUCGUCACGGGGUUGUACUACAGGCGGCGGAGUACCAGCUGCAGGAGCGCUACUUUGAUGUUCUGGUGAAGAAGGAGCAGAUGGAGGAGAAGAUGAAGGGCAUCAGAGAGAUGAAGUGUCGUGCUGUCACCUGUAAAAAGUGUAGUUACACCUACUUUAAGCCAGCGGAUCGCUGUGUGGACGAGAAUCAUGAUCUGCGGUGGCACGACGCCAUGAAACGUUUCUUCAAAUGUCCCUGUGGACAGAGAGCCAUCGCUCUGGACAGGCUGCCACACAAACACUGCAGUAACUGUGGUCUGUUUAAAUGGGAGCGUGAUGGGAUGCUGAAGGAGAAAACAGGACCAAAGAUCGGCGGAGAGCUUCUCCAGCCUCGAGGAGAGGAGCACGCCAAGUUCCUCAACAGCAUGAAGUGACAGCAUCUUCAUCACUGCCUCAAACUGGUUGUUAAGGGAGGGUGUAUUUAAAUUUAUAUGUUUGUCGUUUGACUUCUGUCUUUUGACAUGUGUCUGAAUCAUGUUUUUAAAGUUGGAUGUUGUUUUAUUGAUUAUGGACAUUUAAAGGCCUGUGAUAACAUCGUGUAUGCUGGAAAUAAGCUGAUUAAAGUAAGAAUUUGCAAGA